AUGACCGACAAGCUGCCGUCAUUGCUGACGCCAAUCGCGCCUCCUAGUCGGGCUCCAUUCUCCGUCGCUGCUGCCGUCCCUGCCCAAGAUGGUACACGAACGCAGGAGAAUGCUGAGGAAGAGCCGUACACCAUCAGGUGUAUCUGCAAAUAUCCCGACGAUGACGGAAACACCAUUUACUGCGACCGAUGCGAUACGUGGCAGCAUAUAGAAUGCUAUUAUCCCAACAACUCUGAGGAAGCUCUCCGCAAUCCAGACUUUGCACACCUCUGUGUCGAGUGCAAGCCAAGGCCCUUGGAUCGAGAGCGAGCCAAAGAGAACCAGAGGCGCAAGCUUACUGCGGGUGUCACGGCAGGAAUGACCGACAAGAAGACCAAGCGUCCUCUCUCAAAGAACCACAAGAAGAGGCCGAAACCGAGCGACCUACCAUUGACUGGCCAGCACUCCAAGGCCGAAAAGCAUGUCACCACGCAAGACAGUCACGCUGCUCCACCAAAGAAAUCGAAGAGCUCGCACAAGGCUAGUCAAUCAAUCAGCUCACAAGCUUCGAAACGCAGCCCACAAUUCGGCAACACCAAGUCCAACCAUGCUCACCCUCCUAGCCCUGCGGCGACGCCGCCUGAUUUGCCGGCCGACUUUGAAAUACAUACAUAUGCCCCAGCGUUGCUAUCCGACUCCAGCGACCGAGGUGUCGAGAUUGUGCACACCAAUAGCUUCGCUAGCCUCCAGGUGUCAAAUGCUAUCUCGGCUUGGCUACGAGACCACAACAAACUCCAGAAAGAGACAGGCUGGGCCUACGAUGACAUCUUCCAACCUCUACCCCCGAACAUUGAUCAGCUGAAAAGGCCGGUGGAUAUUGAGCUUUCACGCAAGACCCUCGGUCAAGGCAUCGUCGCUUCCUGGAAAUGCCUCAAAGCGCCAUCGCCUAUCGCUCAUAACGUCCCUCUCCUGGAGCUGAAUGGGCAGAUCGGUAUUCAAAGCAGUUACUGCGCAGAUGCCGAUAACCGGUACCAAGAGCUGACCUCCCCGCUUCCUUAUGUCUUCUUCCAUCCCAUGCUCCCAAUCUACAUCGACACCAGGAAAGAAGGCUCCCAGGCUCGCUAUAUCCGACGAAGCUGCAGGCCUAAUGCCAUGCUCGAAACUUAUCUUUCGGACAGCUUUGAACUUCACUUCUGGCUUGUAACAAACAGACAGGUCGCCGCUAGGGAAGAGAUCACACUGCCCUGGGACUUCCGGUUUCCCAACGAGAACAAAUCACGGAUGCUCCGGGUUUUGGGACUUCCUGACGAAGACACGUCUGCCCACACUGAUUCUUCUGUUGAUGAUCUGGAAUACCAGGGGCUUACGAGCUGGCUGCAUAGCAUUCUCUCCGAAUAUGGAGGAUGUGCGUGCAACCUUGGGUCAGAAUGUGCAUUUGCUCGGUUCCAUCGGAAUCAUUUGGGCAAAUCACAGGCGCCAACGAACCCACCAAAGACCAAGAAGCGAAAAAGCAAAACAUCAAGUACGUCCACCGCCGUCACAGCACCAACAACCGACAGUCGAGCAGCAAGUGAAGGCCACCUUGAGGAUGCUCCCGAAAAUGAUCGCCGCUCAGUGUCUGGCUCAUCACGGAGUAAGCCUCCAAGCCGAGACCUUACCCCCACGGCCCGCCAGGGAUCAUUCGACACUCUUGGGAUAUUGACAGAGCCGACCGAUCGGGACAAGCGGAAAGUUUCCAUGAUCGAAGAGACCUUCCGCCGGAUAGAACUACAGCAACAGCCCACAAAAAAGCGGAAAGCGCGCGGUUCCGAUGCGGCUACUACCUCCAAGAAAGGUAGCAAAAGCAGCGCGGCAACCCAGACAGCAAAUACGACAAAUGGAGCCGAUGAGCGCCACUGCCACUUUGCCGAUGCUGGAACAGCAACUACCAGCAAAGCAGCAUCGCCAGCAGCAAGUGCGAAAUCUUCUCGCGUCACUAAAUCGAAGAAGACUAGUUCUAGGAAAGGAUCUGUCGCCGUCGUUUCUCGUACUAUUCCUGCACAGCCAGCUCGCUUGCAGGCUCGCCCUAAAUAUGCCGACGCUACUACUCAAACAACCCCCGACACUGAGGCCAAUCCCGCACCCCCACCAGCGCGACCGAAGAGGAGGUUAGUUUCGGUGACUGAGCGCAUCAUACAACAUCAUCGAUUCCUGGAAAAGCUGCGUGAAGAGCAGCGUCGCAAGCAAAACUCGCUUAGCCAGGCGGCUGCUCCCGUCCCGAUGGAGGUGGACAGCCCAAAGGAAAACAAGACUGCAGCCCCAGUUCCUGGUUUGGUUCAGGAUAAAACUUCGGAACCCAGUGUACCCGUCAAGGCCGCCACUCGUGAUGUCGAAAUGCCUGACGCGCCCGCUGUGCCAGCGAGUCAACCGAAAGCCGAGAAGCCUUCCGUCGUCGCUGUUUCAAAAAGCAGACCCGUGGACCUGAAGGUACCUCUGCCACCUGUCCCGUCCUUCCCAAGCUCAAGCUCCUUGGCCUCGGCCUCCACCACUCCUUUUUCUGCGGUGACCUCGGUGGCACAGUCACCAUUUUCAGUUACUGGCCUGCCAAGUCCCUUCGGGCCGCCGUCUGUCAACAGUCUGACUGCGAACCCUAGCCCAAUCAAGAAGAAGUUGAGCUUGAGUGACUACACCAAAAGCAGGAUGAACAAGGCUGCGGCAGCUCGCCCGUCGAUUAGCGUGCCCUCUCUGAAGCCCAUUCCUGCUUUGGAUGAGCCGAAGUCGACCACCAGUGACGACAAUGGUGGAGCUGCCUCAGGUUCUCCAACUACGGAGAAGGUGGCUGAUGCGACUGGCUCGACCACCACCGCUUCGAUAUUGGCAACUGCGAGCAGCGCUGUGUAA